AUGAGUGCCAAAUGGUUGCUUUUCUUGCGAUCAUUUCUCUUCCUGACACACCUUGCAGCAUUUUCCACACCCAUUCACAAGGCACCAGCACUGAACGGCACCAACGUUGAUCAUCUAGCAGUGCUUGCUAUUAAAUCCAUGAUUAAAGGUGACCCACAAGGUCUCUUGACCUCAUGGAACCAAUCCAGCACUAAUUUCUGCCAAUGGCAAGGUGUUACAUGUAGCCUUCACCACCAAAGAGUCACCCACUUGAACCUCGCAUCUGGAGGCUUGAUUGGUACGUUGUCUCCUUCCAUCGGAAAUCUAAGCUUUAUCAGGGUCAUUCAGCUGUUUAACAACUCAUUUUCAAGUGAAAUUCCACGUGAAAUUGGGCGUCUCUUUAGAUUACGACAACUACGUCUCGCUUACAACUGUUUCAUGGGAAACAUUCCAGCCACCAUAAUGAACUGCUCCAACCUCCAAGUCCUUCAGUUGGGUUUCAAUAAUCUGGUCGGGAAGAUCCCAAAUGGGAUUGGUUCAUUGUCCAUGCUAAGCAUCCUCGCCCUUCACGAUAACAUUCUACAAGGCGGGAUUCCACCUGAAAUCGGGCGUCUCUUUAGAUUACAAGAACUAUAUCUUUUUAACAACUCUUUCACGGGGAACAUUCCGGCCACCAUAACGAAUUGCUCCAACCUCCAGAUCCUUGAGUUGGGUAACAAUAAUCUGGUCGGCAAGAUCCCCGAUUGGAUUGGUACAUUGUUUAUGCUAAGCACACUCGACCUUCGUAACAACUUUUUCACGGGAAACAUUCCGGCCACCAUAACGAAUUGCUCCAACCUCCAGAUCCUUGAGUUGUAUAACAAUAAUCUGGUCGGCAAGAUCCCAGAUGCGAUUGGUUCACUGUCCAUGCUAAGCAUCCUCGGCCUUCCCGGCAACAUUCUACGAGGUGGAAUUCCACCUGAAAUCGGGCGCCUCUUUAGAUUACAAGAACUAUAUCUUUUUAACAACUCUUUGACGGGGAACAUUCCGGCCACCAUAAGGAAUUGCUCCAACCUCCAGAUCCUUGAGUUGGGUAACAAUAAUCUGGUCGGCAAGAUCCCAGAUGGGAUUGGUUCACUGUCCAUGCUAAGCACACUCGACCUUCGUAACAACUCUUUCACGGGAAACAUUCCGGCCACCAUAACGAAUUGCUCCAACCUCCAGAUCCUUGAAUUGGAUAACAAUAAUCUGGUCGGCAAGAUCCCAGAUGCGAUUGGUUCAUUGUCCAUGCUAAGCAUCCUCGGCCUUCCCGGCAACAUUCUACAAGGUGGAAUUCCACCUGAAAUCGGGCGCCUCUUUAGAUUACAAGAACUGUAUCUUUUUAACAACUCCUUGACGGGGAACAUUCCGGCCACCAUAAGGAAUUGCUCCAACCUCCAGAUCCUGGAGUUGGGUAACAAUAAUCUGGUCGGCAAGAUCCCAGAUGGGAUUGGUUCACUGUCCAUGUUAAGCACACUCGACGUUCGUAACAACUCUUUCACGGGAAACAUUCCGGCCACCAAAACGAAUCGCUCCAACCUCCAGAUCCUUGAGUUGGGUAACAAUAAUCUGGUAGGCAAGAUCCCAGACGGGAUUGGUUCAUUGUCCAUGCUAAGCACACUCGACCUUCGUAAUAACUCUUUCACGGGAAACAUUCCAGCCACCAUAACGAAUUGCUCCAACCUCCAGAUCCUUGAGUUGGAUAACAAUAAUCUGGUCGGCAAGAUCCCAGAUGCGAUUGGUUCAUUGUCCAUGCUAAGCAUUCUCGGCCUUCCCGGCAACAUUCUACAAGGUGGAAUUCCACCUGAAAUCGGGCGCCUCUUUAGAUUACAAGAACUAUAUCUUUUUAACAACUUUUUGACGGGGAACAUUCCGGCCACCAUAAGGAAUUGCUCUAACCUCCAGAUCCUUGAGUUGGGUAACAAUAAUUUGGUCGGCAAGAUCCCAGAUGGGAUUGGUUCAUUGUCCAUGCUAAGCACACUUGACCUUCGUAACAACUCUUUCACAGGAAACAUUCCGGCCACCAUAACGAAUUGCUCCAACCUCCAGAUCCUUGAGUUGGAUAACAAUAAUCUGGUCGUCAAGAUCCCAUAUGAGAUUGGUUCCUUGUCCGUGCUAAGCAUCCUCGGCCUUCCCGGCAACAUUCUACAAGGUGGAAUUCCACCUGAAAUCGGGCGUCUCUUUAGAUUACAAGAACUAUAUCUUUUUAACAACUCUUUGACGGGGAACAUUCCGGCCACCAUAAGGAAUUGCUCCAACCUCCAGAUCCUUGAGUUGGGUAACAAUAAUCUGGUCGGCAAGAUCCCCGGUUGGAUUGGUUCAUUGUCCAUGCUAAGCACACUCAACCUUCGUAACAACUUUUUCACGGGAAACAUUCCGCCCAUCAUAACGAAUUGCACUAACCUCCAAGUCCUUAGCUUGGGUAGCAAUAAUUUGGUCGGCAAUAUAUUGUCCAUCCCUCCUACAAUUCAUUGGCUCGACUUACGUGAUAAUAAUUUUGGGGGAAAAUUACCUUCUCCCACAAACAGUUCGUCUUUAAUACCUCUGGACGUAUCAAAUAACUAUUUUGUGGGAUCAUUACAUAAUUUGGUUUGUUCCGAUGGUGUGAAGAAGACCAAAUAUUUUAGUUUGGGAUAUAAUCAGUUAUCGGGUGUUAUUCCAGAGUGUUGGGAGAAGUGGUCGAGCUUGGUACUCUUAUGUUUAAGUGGUAAUUAUUUGUCAGGUGAGAUUCCAAGAACAUUGGGGUCUAUACCUUUGUUGCAAUUUUUAGCCAUUAGUCGGAACAAGAUUUCAGGAAGAUUACCUUCUUCCCUAUUGAAUUUGUCAUACUUAAAGGUCCUUGACCUUCGAAGAAAUAAUCUUGCGGGAAUCAUUCCACCAUGGAUUGGAAUAAAACUCACUAUGUUGAAAAUUCUCAAUCUUAGAUCCAACAAAUUUUACGGAAAUACUCCUGACCAGCUAUGUUAUCUUUCACAAGUUCAAGUCUUGGAUCUCGCUGAUAAUAACCUCUCAGGAAAUAUUCCUAGAUGCUUCAACAACUUUAGUGUGCUUUCCGGCAUAGAAACUAAUUUAGAGGUUCAAUUAUCAUUCUCUCUUGACGGUGGCUCUUUUAUUGUUGGUGAUUCAUUGGUGAUGAAGGGACAAGAAGCCGAGUAUGGAUCUUUUCUAGGGCUCGUCAUGCUUUUGGACCUUUCGAGCAACAAGUUUUCAGGGCAGAUCCCUAGUGAGCUUACGACCCUCCACAAGUUAAAAUCAUUGAAUUUAUCAAGAAAUCAAUUGACAGGAGAGAUCCCGAAUAAGAUAGGAGACAUGAAAUCACUUGAAUCUUUGGAUUUAUCAGUAAACAAUCUUUCUGGGGAACUUCCUAUGAGUUUGUCAGAGUUGAAUUUCUUGGGUACUUUUAACGUGUCCUACAACAAUUUGAUAGGAAGAGUUCCAACAGGUACACAAAUACAGAGCUUCAAUGAGUCCAGCUUUUUUUUUUGGAAACAAACUUUGUGGAGCUCCACUAAAUGA